CCGACAUUGGAGCACCAACACGGGAACUGUCCUGCUGCAACUCUCCUACUGAGGAAACUAAACUGAAUUUGAUUCAACACAGACGCUUCACUUUUAAGUUGUCCCCUUCUCCUUUGUUUGCGGAGAGUUGAGAGGAAUAUUACGCGAAACUUCCUCAUCGUUUGGACUGUUUAAAAAGGCCGAUUCAACGGUAAGAUGAAACCAGAACUGGAGGACCAGAAUGUUUGGACACAUUAAACACCUGGAAUUGAACCUUCUUUGACAACAUCUGGUACUAUUGGCAACACAAAACAUCAAACUGCUACAGAACCUAGAUCUUUUUUUUCUACUUGUGGAUUAUAAGUAAAAGACUGCAAACAUGCCUAUUCUCAAGCAGCUGGUAAACAACUCUAACCAGUCAAAGCGACGGUCACGGGCCGACCUGACCGCAGAGAUGAUCAGCGCUCCAUUGGGCGACUUCCGCCACACCAUGCACGUUGGCCGGGGAGGAGAUGCAUUCGGGGACACUUCAUUUCUAAGCACCCGAUCUGGGGAACCUCCCAGGGAGCCUGAACCAAAGCAAAUCUCCCCCGGUCCCAAACCAGGGCUGCUGUCGCGCACAUUCAGAAGCAGCAAGCGCUCUCAGUCUGUAAACCGUGGGGACAAGUACGAGUACAACACGAUGGCGCCUUCUGGUGGCUCAUCCAACUAUGUCAAAAAUGCCAUAUCUCUGCCUUACCUUAACGAUGAUGAUAUGAACAGAGGUCACCUGACAAAGAGUGUUUCUUCAAGCCCCAUGAAGACGGUGAUGGAGAUUGAGACCAAGCCGGUGAAUGGCGCAGCUGCAAUGGCCACAAUGGACGCGGAGUUCGAUGAGCGUAAUUUCGGUGAGCUUACCGACUUGCCACCAUCCAUGCCAAAGGGAGGCGGGAUGAAGCACGCAGAGUCUAUGAUGUCCUUCAACAUUGACUUGGGGCCCUCCAUGCUGGGGGACAUCUUGAGCGUGAUGGAAAAGAAAGGCUGGGAGGAGGAUGACCUCGGCUAUGAAGAAGGCAAGGGUAGCGAUGGCCGAGCCUCACCCUCCAACAUACCCCACAUAGAUGACGAUGACGCGGAAGUGCGGGCCCCGACAAGGCCACCUCGCAGCAUGUACCAGCAGAAGACCAUCGUGGAUCCAUACACCCCGGAGCUACAAACCAGGAACAACCACCACAACCUGGACAGUUACUCUGUGUCCAGCUCCGGCUCGGCUACUGAGGAGAAACCUCAGUACCACCUCCAGGACGGUGACACGGACAGCGCAAAGUACAGCUCGCCACGUGGGGAGGAAGACCGAGAUUUCACCUUCAUGGAUGACGACGAGGAUGAGAUUCGAGUGUAAACCAGACUGGUAAUACUGCCAUGAACAGUCUUGGAGGACACUUAUCGAGACGAGCAGAUGUUGAGAGGCUAUCACGAGCUGUUGUAGGCAGGGGGGAUGAUUUGGAGGAAGGGCCACUGCUGCUCUAAGCGCCCUGUAGAUCUGUAUUAUGUUUGUACACUUUGUUCAACAUCAUAAAUAAAACCAAUUAGGCCUUACUCACUGUGCUGUAGCAAGAAGAUGUGAGCUGAGUGCAGACAGACUUGCUCACAGAGUGGAACUCUUGAAGGGCUUGGGUUGUUAAUCGUUGCAGAUUUACGCAGCUUGGGAAUGGGAAUUUCCCAUUUCAAACAACACUGGCACCUGUGUUUGAACUCUUUUCUUCUCCAAGGUGAAUGAUCGAACAAAGAAAAGCAGCAAGCCAUUGGUGAUGAGCGCAUGAACGCGUCUUGGGAAGUAAAGUUCGACCACAAGGUUGGAGAAACUGUACCCAAGCCGUCAUUCACAUUGAUAUCACGUUUGUUGUGGGUUGUGUGAGGUGAGGAAAUGGAUAUGUGAGGGCACAAAGUUGAUGUAGAUGUGUGUAUUAGAGAUUCUGAACAAGGAAGAGGGAAAGGACAUUUUGCCAAUGACUAUGUUUGGCAUAAACACUAAGUAGAUAAAGUACUUAUUACUUUUCCAUGUCUUACUUUAAGGGGUGACUUUUUAUUACUUUUGUCAAGCAUGUCUACUGUUUGUUUUUUUUUAGUUUAGUAGUUAUUCUGUUUUAUUUUUCCUCCUGUUUGUCUUAAGUUAGCAAUGCCUCCAUUCCUUACAUUCACAGACAGCUGUGGUAUUUAUUCAUUUAUAUUAAUAAGGGAUGAAUCAGUCUAAUUAUGCACUACAAGGUCUUAAAAGUUAUGAUUUGGGUGUUUUUUUUUUUUCCGAAUAUGUUUCUCGACUUUAAAAAUCGUAAGGGUACCACAGAGUGAACCAGCUUCUUUUUUUUAUGGAAUUUUGAUAAACGGCACUUAAUUCUCAAGUAGACACAAAAAUCACCUUUGCUGUCAUUUGUGGGAAUGCCACAUUAGAUGACAAGGACCUAUGUUUGUAAAAAAAAAAAUGUGAAUUGUCAAAAAAAAAGAGGCCUUUUGUACGUGUCCUGGGUCCUUUACUUUUUUUUUUUUUUUUAAAGAGACAGGACAGAAGUGGUGAUUGUGGCUAAUUGAGUGUGUUUCUGGGUCAUUCCACAUCAUCACUGACGAUGGUAGCAUGAGCAGGUCAGCGGAGAGCGAUGAGUGUGAAAGGGACAGUUGGUAAAAAUCCAAAUGAAUAGUUAUGGCUUGUCCCUAAGGGAAGAGAAAGGAUGUAAAAACAUGUCCAAGGUGUUAUUGGAGUGCAGCUUUUUUUUUUUAUUCUUUUUUUUAUGGACGGGCUUCGGGUAUGUCUCGGGGCAGUGCUGAGAGUGGCAGACAUUCCCUUAACCGGCCCCGCAGGUGAUAAGACUCACCUCCUCUACGCAGCCCAAAUCACACAGCAGAAACAGAUGAUUAAAUCAACCAAUCAUCUGGGCCUUUUCCCAGUCUACUCAUUAAAUGUGCUGGAUUAUUGAACCACAACCAGCUGGAACUGCUCCAGGAACAGCAGGGUCAGGGACGGACAGGUGGGCCCUUUCUCUUUGAUUCUUUUUUUGUGUUUUUAGUUGUACGCUCACUCAGUUGGCUCCUCCAGGUUACUUUAAGUUCUAAAUAAGGCAACAAAGAGGCGUACUUUAGUUCCCUGUGUUGAUGAUUCACGUCUGACCUUUUUUUUUUUUUUUAUGUCUUGUUUGAAAACUAAUUGCCACGUUUGACGAAUGGGAACCUUUAUGUCCGGUUGUGGCAUUGAUGCAGGUGUGUACAUAUGGAAUCAGGAUGCUGUGCCAUUAUUUUCUCGGGUUUUAUUGUAUACUUUAAAAACCACCAUGUCCAUAUGAAGAGGAUGCAACGAGUUCAAGCAAUCUAGAGGAAAUUGCCAAGUACGUUCUAACCAUAUUAUUGGAAAAUGAUAGCAGGAUGUUUAAUUUGUGUUCAUUUUUUUACUCAUGUAUAGACUUGCAGUAUGGUUUAAGUCAGAAAUCUUACUUUUUUUUUCCUUAAUGUAAAUGGGCCAAAUUUGAAGAUGUCUUUAACUUUAUAUUAAAAUGAAUUGUGAAAUAUGUGGUUUGUGGAUUGUUUGGGCUAGUGUUUUAGUCAAGACCACGCUAACCGAGACCAAGACAUACUACCAGAGACCGGAGUGUGCCGAGACCAAGACAAGAUCGAGACAUUUAGGGAUCGAAAACGAGUCGAGACCAAGACCAAGGCAGGGUGAGACCGAGUCAAGACCAAGGCUUGGUGAGGCCAAGUCAAGACCAAGACCAAAAUAGCCUAUCAGUGGUGUUCUUGAUUUAAAAUCUGAAGUCCGCACAGUCCGGCACCGAGACAAGACUGAGUAAAAAUGCCUCCGAUUACGAGACGAGUCAGAUCUUCCAAAAGUGGUCUCGAGACCAAGACCGAUUUCGAGUACUACAACACUGGUUUGGGCAGCUGCAAUCCUCCAUCUUCAUCAACAAGAAAUUGACACUUUAAAAAAAAACAAAGAGCAGAACACUCCUGAAGUUUUCUUUAUUUUUUGAAACCACAUCAUGUAAAUAUGAUUUGUGCUAUUGAUUCUUACAGCUAACAACCUUCAUCAUGAGCAUUGUGAGUAUGUGGUUAUAGUGAGGAAAUCAGAGGAAUUUCUGAGGCUUUAACACAAACAAAAAAAACACAUUUGUGGCCAAAUUGUAUUUGCAAGUAAAGAACCUCCAACAAUCUGCAACCAAGACUGCUGGAAUUUAAAGGAGCUCAAUGGAAAAUAAUGGACAAGGAUACUAAAUCACCCUGAAAUACUUUCUCGUAAUUGUCCGAACAUUCUGGCAUGUGUUGUGCUGCUUUAUGGGAAACUACUAAGUAGGCCAGAACAAACCAUAUAAAGGAAUUUGUAAAUACACUCAGCCUCAGGUCUGCUUGGACGUUUUUUUUCCCGUGGCCCUGACAGCCGCCGUUUGGUGAGUGGCGGAGAAGAUAAGGACUGCGAGAAACAACCAGCUCAAAGUUCAGCUGUAGAAUGUUUUCUGCUUCUUUUUAUUUUUCUCUAUUCAGUGGCUGUAGUGUUACGCCAAUUAUGUACUAUCUUCCGUUCCCUUUCUUUAUCCUGCUUUUACAGUAUAUUAAUAUAUUCAUUUCUUCCCUUCUCUUUGAAAUAACAGUUAUAUUUUUCAAUAAAAGAGCAAGCUGGUAAUCUUUAA